GCCAUCGCCGCAGUCACCGACAUCGUUAUGCGAAUGCCGCCAGCAGGCUUCCGUGCCGUGCCAAAGUUUUUUUAUUUGUCAUCCUCGUUGGCGGCGACAACGGCGAAAUUUCCACCAGAAGGCAGUUUGGGUGGUCGCUGAUGGGCGAUAAUAAACAGACCCAGACCAGACCACACCCACUGCCCUACACUCUCACCUACGACCAACCACACCCGCUGAUAGACGGGCCAAGGCGCAACGGCAUGAAAAAGGCGCUGGCUGAAGUGUGUCUCCUGGUACUCGAGAGCAUCGUCAGGAACAGGCGCUUGUUGAUAUUGCCUCACAGUGUGGCAUUAAUUGGGGCUACUCCAAGUCGGAUAAAGCCAUACCUGGAGCUACCGUCGGAAUAUGAUUAUACCCAGAAAACAAUCAAAAAAAAAAUAGUCAUUGCAAGAAGCGACCUGAUAGUCCAGAAAUACUUCAAUAUGCCCCACUGUACGUGUAAGCGGUUUGAUUGUCAUGGCAAUUCGAAAGCAUUUGUCGGUCGCUCGCCCCUCAUCACACAUUUUUGGGAUGGAGGCAACGACAACUCGACGCAGACACAGAAUCCCACAUACCAGUGAAGUUCUACUCCGACAAAUACCAUUCCCCAUCGUCCUGAAUCGCCCUCUGCGCCCUCAUCCUGUGAGCCAGCACAGCAGCAACAUCAGCAACGAUGGAGGGCAACAGCAACAUCGACAUCGGCACGGCAGCAACAGCACGGCAGCAACAUCAGCCACUUGCCACAUUUGGCUUUCUGCCAGUACCAGACUCCAGGACUCGUGCAGUGGGUGGUGGACUCAGGGUGGGUGUGGCAACUCGACGGCAACAACAAGGACAUUCUACAGCAGCAACGACAGUGGCAGCAGCAGCAGCAACAGCAGCAACUAAAAAUGCGACGUGCGAGAUUAUCGUGUCGCUUGUUGGUCGUCGUCCCCGUCCAUAGUCCGUAGUCUGUAGUCCCAAACCCACACACACACACACAGACACACGCUCUACGGCUGUUGGUGUUUCUGUGGCUGCGCACAAACUCCCCUGCCACUCCGUCUAUCCAUGCACCCUGGAACCUGGCCAUCACCCCGCCCACUGCCUGCUCCUCCGCCUCUUCGAUAGCGACACCAUCACCACCAGGCGGCACAACUUACUGGCGCUGACGGAGGCAACUGCUGACUGCUACUUAUGGCGCUGAUGAUGGCACAAUGACAACAACAACGAUAUUCAAAAUACAUCUAAGGACUAAAAGAUACCUAAAUAUUAUAAAAAAUAUUUUUGUCCAAUGAAAGAAUUAAAAAAAGUAAAGUAGUAAAUAAAUAAAUGAAUUAU